AUGGAACAGGCAGAAGGGUGCGCUGCAACUGGGCUGGAAAUACGAAAUCAUCACAGUGUUCCCUCUGUACAAUGUCCAAAUUGCCGACUAGGGUUCGCGUCAAACCUUGCUGUUGUAGAUCAUCUCAAUGAUCAGGCGCAUUCUUGUUGGAGCCGCGAGCCCACUUACCGCUUGCCAGUCCCUCCAGCUUUCCAACGAGGCGAUAACAACCGGGAAGAGGUCACUGGCCAGUACCAUUCAAAAUCAGGCUACCUUUUUGGACGGGGACGAAAUGUCUUACAGGAAAUGGAGGAUCAUGAUUCAGACCAAGGGCGCCGCAGAGCAAUAAAUUCAUCGUACCCUUUCGUUGAUCAGGCUGAAUGGCAACUAGCAGAAUUUCUCAUCCAGCGGUUGACACAAACUGAUAUUAACAAGUUUCUGAAGCUAGAUUGGUUUAAAUCCAGACCCAGCCCAUCCUUCAAGAGCGCAGAUCAGCUAUUUGGCUGGAUCGAUGCAUUACCAAGUGGCCCAGCGUGGCAAUCAACAACACUCAAGUUUACCAACUACACAACCAUAAGGCCAAUCGAGCUAAUCUGGCGUGACGGCCUCGAAGUCGUCAAGGAUAUCUUCGCAAACCCAAUAUUUUCCAACCAUAUGAUGUACGAUCCUCACAUUGUUAUGGUCGGCUCUGAACGCGAAUACGGCGAAUUCUUUACUGCCAACAGGGCUUUCGCUAUUCAGGUAUGGCUCUUUGUUAGUAGUAAGGCAGAAUCACUCAGCGCUCUGCAGAACAACCUUCCAGAAGGUGCAACCAUCAUACCAAUCAUCCUUGCAUCGGACAAAACACCCGUAACCAGGAUGUCAGGUGGAUUAGAAAUGCACCCAGUGUUCCUUACGAUCGGCAAUAUCCAAUCUGAAGUUCGGAUGAAGGCCACUGCUCACGCAUGGAGUUGUGUUGCAUUCAUCCCGAUUCCAAAGUUUGACGUUCACGGGGAUUUUCAAACGCUCCUCCACGCUCGUUUGUUCCACAAGUGCAUGGAUUUGAUAUUCGCCAAAUGCAAGGUGGCUACGAGGAUCGGCGAAUACAUGCCAGAUCCCAUGGGUUAUCUCCGGCACUGUUUCACUCCACUCGUCGCAUACACAGCCGAUCUCCCUGAGGCACAGCUCAUUGCUUGUGUCUCAAAGAGCGCAUCACCACUUACAAUGGCUACCCAAAGUGACUUUGGUAGUGCACAACUUUUCCCCCGUCGAACAGGUGACCACACACUCAAGCUCAUCUACGACUUAUGCCAACGCGUUGAUCCAUGGAAUGUACCGCUCUUCCAACGUGAAGCCAAAGCAUUGCUGCUCAGCGGUGUUCAUCAGCCAUAUUGGAGAGAUUGGCCGUAUGCAGAUCCAAGCUCUUUUUUGCCCGGCGAACUGCUUCACACGUGUCACAAAUAUUUUGGCGACCAUCCUUUGAAAUGGUGCAAGGAGGUUGUUGGGGAGGAUGAACUCGAUGCUCGCUACAAGGCGCAUCAUAAACGAGUCGGGACACAUCAUUUUGGGUCCGGUAUCUCCCACAUCAGCCAGAUGACCUGCCGAGAACAUCGCGACAUCGAACGGACCAUCGUUGCCACGAUCGCUGGCGCAGCGAACACAACCCCCAAUUUCGUACAUGCUAUCUGUUUCCUCACCGAGUUCAUCUACCAGGCACAGAGCCCCAUCCAUACCGACUCGUCCAUUGAUGAUAUGGUGCACUCCCUCGGCGAGUUUCAUAGGCUGAAGCAAGCGAUACUCGACACUGGUGCUCGGAGAGGCAAGAGUGGAACGAUCAACAACUUCUCCAUCCCGAAGAUCGAAUUGUUUCACAGUUUUGCGGGGUCUAUCAAAGAUAUCGGUAGUUUGCUACAGUUCUCAGCCGAUGUCAGCGAACGGCUCCUGAUCACGCACUGUAAAUUUCCUUUCGAACGGACUAGUCGCCAAGCCAGGAAUUUUACCCUACAGGUCGUCCAGAUACUCAAUCGCGAUGAAACCAUGUGUCGUUUCAAUCUGUAUACCCUCUUGCAUUCGCACGGCACACCGCUCGUGAAUGCGAUUGCAACCGAAGAUAGUAUUGUUGCAGAGACAGAUCCCACACUGGCCUGGAUAGCGCGUGUGCUCCCCAGCGAGCAGAAGCACUUCCAUGGCCUGCAUCCCAUCCAAAACCAUUUUCUGAAGGGAAUUUUGUCCGUUGAAGCUAAUGCUGCUUUUCACGUCACCGUCUCCCCCGAUCACAAGUCCCUUUCUAUCACUGAUUUGCAAUCUCUCUACUCCCUCCCUGAUUUCGGCGCGGUGCUCACAGAAUAUAUCAACGAUUCGUCCCAGAACACCCCGACAACGGCCUGGACCUGUACACGAGAUUCAGUCAGGACAUGGAACAAAUUUCGUUUACAGCUGCUAUCUACCUUCAAGUCGCGAGUCGUGAUGCCCAGCCAAAUUGUUCAAGUGUUUCCACCAUCGGACACCUUCCCUUUGGGUAAUUGUGACGCAGUGCUCGUGCAAUUGCCUGCUAACGAUGAUACCUACAUCGCACAAGUCCAUUGCAUUUUUCAAGCCGUCACGAAGAAAGGUCAUACACUGCCCCGCUAUCUUGAAGACUCUCCCCUGCUAUACGUUCAGUACUUUCAGAUCACAGCAACGCCUACAGAGGAUAUGAGCGCUGGCAUCAUCAUUCCACUCACAGUGGUCACCUGUGCCAUCAAGCUUAUUCCUGUGUAUGGGUCGAAGAUGGAUCGUACGAUUAGUGCCGCAAACGCGAUGGAGAUCUGCGACGAAUACUACUUGAAUACGUUUUCUGACAAAGAGGUCUUCAAUACAAUGCACUCUGGUUUAAUGUAG